GCGGGGCGGUGCCUGGCUGCGCCGUCCCGCCCCGCCCCGGCCCGUGAGCAGCGCGCCGCGCCCGCAGGCGGGGAGCGGAGCCGGCGGCGGGCGUUGCGGGCGGCCCGAGCGCCGCGCCUUCCCCUGCCCCAUGUCGGCGUGGCUCAGCCGGGCGGCGCUGCGGCUGGGGCGGCCGGGGGGCCCCGCUGCUGCCGCCGUCGCCGCCUCGCCCUGCGCCUCCGCCUGCCUGGGCUCGCUGCGGGCCCCGCCGCGCUGCUGCUGCCGCCGCCGCCUGGGCACGCUGCGCGGCGGCGGCGCGGAGGGGCCGCUGCUGCCGCGGGCGGCGCCGCCCGGGCGGGCGCUGGGCACGCACCCGCGCAAGGAGCCCAUGGAGGCGCUGAACACGGCGCAGGGGGCCCGCGACUUCAUCUACAGCCUGCACUCCACCGAGCGGAGCUGCCUGCUGCGGGAGCUCCACCGCUUCGAGUCCAUCGCCAUCGCCCAAGACCCCAUAACAGCUAGGGGAAGCUGUCAGCAAUAUGGGGAGACCUGGGCACAUCAAGAACCAAAAGGGGCCUGUUCCUCAGGCCGUGCGCAGGCCUACCACCAGAAGGACGCAGUUUCAUCAGCUAAUUGCCCUAGCGCGAAAUAUGACAGGACACACUAUCUGUGGCCUCCGCUAAUGGUAGAGGCUGCAGGGAAACCCAUCCUUUGCCACGGCUCCUACGCUGAAGAACGGUCCUCAGAGAAGUUGGAGGUUGCACCACCAUCUCCAGGACAACUGAGACAUGUGUUCUUCCACAAUGCAUUACCUUUUGUAGGGUUUGGAUUUUUGGAUAACGCAAUUAUGAUUGCUGCGGGAACCCAAAUAGAACUGUCAAUUGGAGUUGUCCUAGGAAUUUCAACUAUGGCAGCUGCUGCUUUGGGAAACCUUGUUUCAGAUUUAGCUGGACUGGGUCUUGCAGGUUAUGUAGAAGCUUUAGCUUCAAGACUGGGUCUGUCAAUUCCUGAUCUGACACCCAAACAAGCUGAUAUGUGGCAAACGCGUCUCAGUGCACACUUGGGUAAAGCUAUUGGAGUGACCAUUGGCUGCAUUUUAGGAAUGUUUCCUUUGUUGUUCUUUGGCGAUGAGGAAGAAAAACUGGAAGAAAAAAAUUAACAUUUUUACAAGACAUAUACAAAUGUAAACUAAUGUACCUCAAUUAUUCAAUUAUGCUGUCAACAUUUAGGAAUUAACAGACAGUAAAAAAAAAAUGUAUAGACUUGGGAACAAAACCUUCAGCAUGUCGUUUUACGGAAACACUAAUUUAUUGUGGCUUUGUCGUGUUCAGUACUUUUUAUAAGAAACCAUUUAGCUUUUUAUUUAAUGUAAAUUUUUGAAGUGUUUUCACUUACGGCAACAAAUGUUUACCACUUCCCCUUUUGACCUUGUUCUUUAAUGGAUUAUUACUUUAAUAAUUCCCCAUGGAUGACAGUAUCACUCUUGAGUUGCAUAUUGGUUGCUUAACAGUUGUAAUUGCAUGGUAAAAAUUUCACUGCUGUUCAUCAGGUCCUUUAAUGCAGAUUAUUAAGGGGGUCGGUGGUAGAUGAUUUGAAGUCAGCAAGAUGACUGGUUGCCCCCUCACCAGCCACGAUUUUACACUGCCUUUAAAACAGAUUUUUUCAGCCAUCUACUACAGUCUAGUUUGCACUUCUUUAUAAUUCUUACUAAUUAUCUUCUGAGAUCAUCAUUUAAAUGCCUUGACAAGGUAAGUGUUUCCAGUGUAGUCUCUUUACCAGGUUCAUUUUUUAGACCGGUGUGUUAACACCUUCUAUACCUUCAUGUUCAUGCCUUUUUUUCCAUUAUGAACAAUAUUUUGAGAAUUCAGUUGAAGUAUCCGUUAAUUUAUCUUCCUGAGCUUUUUCACAUGGUUUACAGGAAUUGAGACCUCUACCUAUUUCAGAAAUGCAAACCACAGCAUUAUUUAUUGUUCUAUAUAAAAUAAGAUGUGAAUAAUUGAUAUAGGUGGACAAGGCUGGGGAACUGAAGGUAUGAAAAAGUGCUGGCAUUGCGAGUUUGUAAUAGAUGGCUCAAUUGAAAUGAUAAUCAAAGUACCGUCAGUCUGGAUUAGAGGACCUGAUUUGCAGAAUAUAACUUUGUACUUAAGAUUAAACCUUUGCUACUUUUUUGCUGUGGGACAUUUGGUAAGAAGAGAAAUGGAGACUUGGGGCCUUUUUUCUUUUUUGCCUUUUAUUUUUGCAGUCUUACUUGGUGUAUCAUAGAUCUGACAGUGCAGUCACAUAUAAUUGUGCUUUUUUUAAUGGACAUGAAUGAAUUAUAACUAUCAUGUUGAAUGUUCAUAAUAUUUCAGGAUCUGACUUGCCAAUAGUGUAAUUCUAAAUUGAAGACUGUUGAUUACAGAGGAGAGGCUUUCUUACCUGUCUGAAUAUCGCUUGGAAAAGUUGCUAAAAAAGAGGGGCACAGCCAGGGCACUUUGAGAGUCUUAUUGCUAGAACUAUUAACUCUUUCAAAACCUAGAAAGAAAUGUUUUAAAAAAAUGCAUAUUUGUUUUACAGAGCUGAUUGCUCAUCUCAGUCAUAAAUCUGACUUCUCUGUUCUCAUUUCCAGAAGCACCAUAACAGCAGUACUGAAACUUUAACACCAAUCUAUAAUGAAGGUGACAGUUGCAUCUGUUUUUGAAAAGCAGAUUUGGUAAACUUGCAGUGAGUAGUCCUAAUAGCGUAUACUGUUCUUUGUAAGUUAAACCAUGACAAUCUGGACCAAACUGUAAAGUUAAAGAAAUCUCAUCUAGGCAAGAAUGGAACAUGAAUGCUUGCAUUUUCAAAAUUGGAAGCUGCUUUUUUUUUAAAAAAAAAGCCCUGCUAGAAAACAAUGCACUUUUUCCCCCAUGGAUUACUGAUUGCUGCUGUUAUACAGUACUUCAAUAAUAAGGUUUUUAAAGCAUCCACACGUUUCUCUUGCCUUAAACUCUAACUUUUCUGCUGCUGCAUACAUUUUCUUGUUUUCUGGUAUGUUUCUAUUCAAAGCUGUAAGUAUUUCUCAUGCAUUUUUUUUUUAAGUUGGAGUACACAUUAAAACAACUUUGCAUAGCUGCUUUUAUAGCUGUGACUAUAGUAAUACCAACAUUGCCUCCCAUUAAGAUACUGGCAUCUUCACUGGAAUCUUCCAGCCAUGGCCAAAUCUCUGUCCUUUGCUGUUGUAUUAACUGGAACACUAUUUUCAUCACUUUUUGAGAGCUCAUAAGAACAAUCAGAAAGCUAAGUGUCAGCUGUCAUAGUGUUCAUUUUAGAAAGGCUAUAGGAAAGACUGUACUAUUGUUUAAUGGCUUGUGCAUGUAAAUCGAGUACGUUUUUGUUGCUGUAUGUCAAACUAUUGUACUGCAACCAAUGCUUUUAACAAGAAGCAAUGAACUAAAAUAUCUUUAAAGAAAUUAAUCAUGUGUUUCCUUGUUAACUGUUUAGCUGACCACAAAAAUGUGGAGGGCAAGUGACGCAUGGUAAGAAAGCUUGGGUGUUUCAGGCUGUUGCUUGAUGUCAUAGUCAUGAAAGCGACUCUUUGGGUCUCGGUAUUUGACAAGCAUGAAGAAAUAACCCAUGAUUUGAGUGGAAUUGUGGCUGUGCUGGAGGCUGGGAGAAAGUGUUUGCUGGGGCCAACGUGCCAUCCUGUAUACAGUUGGGGUAGCUUACUUUGCCCACAGGAUCUACUUUUGUAUGGAUGUGGUAUUGCUUCAUGUGAAAUGGAAGAUCUGUGCCUGAUCUGUACCCUGAGUCUCCUGACAAGGAGGGUGUUUUUUUCCUGGGGUAAAUAGGUGAAAGUAAUCCCAUGCUCUGCAUAUGCUAUUUAAAACACAGAAUUGAAAGACCACUAACAAAUUCUCUUCUUUGCUUUCUGUUGUCUCUUUUCUGUUCUCCCUCCCCAAUAAAAGGAAAAACCAAACACAACCAGGCUUAUUCGGAGACUUCAGUAUUAUUCCACUUUGUUUAUUCUAUCAAGUAUGUCCUAUAUUAACAGGAAAUUUUCAUGUUAAAGGGCUGAUAGACCUGAAAUUGUGUUUAUUUUUGCAAUGCUGUCUUUUAUUGUAACUUAAAAUAUAAAUGUAUUUUUGACUGUAUGUUAACUGUAGGGAUGGAAAAAAAAGUAAAGAACAUGCAUCUGAUAAUGUGGUUACCCAAAUCUUCUCACCAAUAUUUUCAUCAUUCAUGUACUUUUACAUAAAUUAUUUGAAUUCAGACAACAUAUUUUGUAUUGUCUUCAAUUAAAUUGUCAAACUUUCUGUAAACUUUUGUACUACAGCAAAGCUGUUCUGUGUUUCUUUAUUAGACCAGUUGCUGGAGGGGAAAUGUUAAUACCCUGUGGGUAUUCAGCCUCAGUUAACACAACAGGCAUUUAUUACAAAAGUUAUAGGAAGUCCCUGGUCAUUUCGUAUGCGGUACCACUGUGGAGUAGUCCACUUCUGUCCUUCUGAUAAUUCUCUCCGUGCUUGGAAGAGAACAACUUGAACAAUUAAAAUGUUUGCAUGGUAAAAA